GGACAGACUGGCGGGCGGGCUCUGACGCCGCCGGGCCGGAGCGGGCCGCGCGGGAGCGCUCGGAGGGAGCAGCGGCGCCGUCGGGUCCCCGUCGGGGCUCCGUGGCUCCCCGACCCGCCCCGGGCCUGGCCAUGGCGGGCGCCAGGCCCGGCGUCCACGCGCUGCAGCUGGAGCCGCCCACCGUCGUGGAGACCCUGCGGCGCGGGAGUAAGUUCAUCAAAUGGGACGAGGAGGCCUCCAGUCGGAACCUGGUGACCCUGCGCGUGGACUCCAAUGGAUUUUUCCUUUACUGGACAGGACCCAAUAUGGAAGUAGACACACUGGACAUAAGUUCCAUCAGGGACACGAGGACAGGCCGUUACGCCCGCCUGCCCAAGGACCCCAAGAUCCGGGAGGUGUUGGGCUUUGGGGGCCCCGAGGCCCGGCUGGAGGAGAAGUUGAUGACGGUGGUGGCCGGGCCAGACCCAGUGAACACCACAUUCUUGAACUUCAUGGCCGUGCAGGAUGACACAGCCAAGGUCUGGUCCGAGGAGCUGUUCAAGCUGGCUAUGAACAUCCUGGCUCAGAACGCCUCCCGGAACACCUUCUUGCGCAAAGCGUACACGAAGCUGAAGCUGCAGGUGAACCAGGACGGGCGGAUCCCGGUCAAGAACAUCCUGAAGAUGUUCUCAGCAGACAAGAAGCGGGUAGAGACUGCACUGGAAUCCUGUGGCCUCAAUUUCAACCGGAGCGAGUCCAUCCGGCCUGACGAGUUCUCCUUGGAAAUCUUCGAGCGGUUCCUGAACAAGCUGUGUCUGCGGCCGGACAUUGACAAGAUCCUGCUGGAGAUAGGCGCCAAGGGUAAGCCGUACCUGACGCUGGAGCAGCUCAUGGACUUCAUCAACCAGAAGCAACGGGACCCAAGGCUCAAUGAAGUGCUGUACCCGCCUCUGCGGCCCUCCCAGGCCCGGCAGCUCAUCGAGAAGUAUGAGCCCAACAAGCAGUUCUUGGAGAGAGACCAGAUGUCCAUGGAGGGUUUCAGCCGCUACCUGGGAGGUGAGGAGAACAGCAUCCUGCCCCUAGAGGCCUUGGAUCUGAGCGCGGACAUGACCCAGCCGCUGAGCUCCUACUUCAUCAACUCCUCACACAACACGUAUCUCACCGCGGGGCAGCUGGCCGGGGCCUCGUCGGUGGAGAUGUACCGCCAGGCGCUGCUGUGGGGCUGCCGCUGCGUGGAGCUGGACGUGUGGAAGGGGCGGCCGCCCGAGGAGGAGCCCUUCAUCACGCACGGCUUCACCAUGACCACGGAGGUGCCGCUGCGCGACGUGCUCGAGGCCAUCGCGGAGACCGCCUUCAAGACCUCGCCCUACCCCGUCAUCCUCUCCUUCGAGAACCACGUGGACUCAGCAAAGCAGCAGGCCAAGAUGGCCGAGUACUGCCGCUCCAUCUUUGGGGACGCACUGCUCAUUGACCCACUGGACAAGUACCCGCUGGCCCCGGGCGUCCCCCUGCCCAGCCCCCAGGACCUGAUGGGCCGCAUCCUCGUGAAGAACAAGAAGCGGCACCGGCCGAGCACGGGCGGCGUCCCGGACAGCUCCAUACGCAAGCGGCCGCUCGAGCAGAGCAACUCGGCCUUGAGCGAGAGCUCCGCCGCCACCGAGCCCUCCUCGCCCCAGCUCGGGUCCCCCAGCUCUGACAGCUGCCCAGGCCUGAGCAAUGGGGAGGAGGCGGGCCUCGAGAAGCCCAGCCUGGAGCCUCAGAAGUCUCUGGGCGAGGAGGGUUUGCCGCGGGGCUCUGAUGCCUACCGCGAGGAGGAGGAGGAGGACGAGGAAGAAGAGGAACAGUCGGACCCCAAAAAGCCGACCACAGAUGAGGGCACUGCCAGCAGUGAAGUCAAUGCCACUGAGGAAAUGUCAACACUGGUCAACUACAUCGAGCCUGUGAAGUUCAAGUCCUUCGAGGCUGCGCGAAAAAGGAACAAGUGCUUCGAGAUGUCCUCCUUCGUGGAGACCAAGGCCAUGGAGCAACUGACCAAGAGCCCCAUGGAGUUUGUGGAAUACAACAAGCAGCAGCUCAGCCGCAUCUACCCCAAGGGCACCCGCGUGGACUCGUCCAACUACAUGCCCCAGCUCUUCUGGAACGUGGGCUGCCAGCUCGUUGCACUGAACUUCCAGACCCUGGACGUGGCGAUGCAGCUCAACGCGGGCGUGUUCGAGUACAACGGGCGCAGCGGCUACCUCCUCAAACCCGAGUUCAUGCGGCGGCCGGACAAGUCCUUUGACCCCUUCACCGAGGUCAUCGUGGACGGCAUCGUGGCCAAUGCCUUGCGGGUCAAGGUCAUCUCGGGGCAGUUCCUGUCCGACAGGAAGGUGGGCAUCUACGUGGAGGUGGAUAUGUUCGGCCUCCCCGUUGACACCCGGCGCAAGUACCGCACGCGGACUUCUCAGGGGAACUCGUUCAACCCCGUGUGGGACGAGGAGCCCUUCGAUUUCCCCAAGGUGGUGCUACCCACACUGGCUUCUCUGCGCAUCGCGGCCUUUGAGGAGGGCGGCAAGUUCGUGGGCCACCGGAUCCUGCCUGUCUCUGCCAUUCGCUCAGGGUACCACUACAUCUGCCUGCGGAACGAGGCCAACCAGCCACUGUGCCUGCCAGCCCUGCUCAUCUACACCGAGGCCUCCGAUUACAUCCCCGACGACCACCAGGACUACGCAGAGGCCCUGAUCAACCCCAUCAAGCACGUCAGUCUGAUGGACCAGAGGGCCAAGCAGCUGGCCGCCCUCAUUGGGGAGAGCGAGGCUCAGGCUGGCCCGGAGACAAGCCAGGAGACCCAGUCUCAGCAGCCAGGAUCCCAGCUGACCCCAAACCCCACACCCAGCCCCCUGGACGCCUCCCCCCGCCGGCCCCCGGGCCCUACCACCUCCCCCACCAGCACCUCCCUCAGCAGCCCAGGUCAGCGUGAUGACCUCGUUGCCAGCAUCCUCUCAGAGGUGGCCCCAGCCCCGCUGGACGAUCUCCGAGGCCACAAGGCCCUGGUGAAGCUCCGGAGCCGGCAAGAGCGAGACCUGCGGGAGCUGCGCAAGAAGCAUCAGCGGAAGGCUGUGGCCCUCACUCGCCGGUUGCUCGACGGCCUGGCCCAGGCCCGGGCUGAGGGCAGGUGCCGGCCCCGGCCAGGUGUCCUAGGCGGGGAGGACGAGAAGGAGGAGGAGGAGGAGGUGAAGAGGUAUCAGGAGUUCCAAAAGAAACAGGUGCAGUGUCUGCUGGAGCUGAGGGAGGCCCAGGCCGACAUAGAGGCCGAGCGGAGGCUGGAGCACCUGAAACAGGCUCAGCAGCGGCUCAGGGAGGUUGUCAUGGAGGCUCACACAACUCAGUUCAAGAGACUGAAGGAGAUGAAUGACAGGGAGAAGAAGGAACUGCAGAAGAUCUUGGACAGGAAGCGCCACAACAGCAUCUCGGAGGCCAAGACCAGAGAGAAACAUAAGAAGGAGGCGGAACUGACAGAGAUUAACCGUCGGCACAUCACUGAGUCGGUCAACUCCAUCCGUCGGCUGGAGGAGGCCCAGAAGCAGCGGCAUGAACGCCUUGUGGCUGGGCAGCAGCAGAUCCUACAACAGCUGGCAGAAGAAGAGCCCAAGCUGCUGGCCCAGCUGGCCCAGGAGUGUCAGGAGCAGCGGGAGAGGCUGCCCCAGGAGAUCCGCUGGAGCCUGCUGGGCGAGACACCGGAGGGACUGGGGGACGGGCAUCUGGUGGCCUGUGCCAGCAAUGGUCACGCGCCUGGGAGCAGCGGGCACCUGUCGGGCGCUGACUCGGAGAGCCAAGAGGAGAAUACGAAGCUCUGAACUGGCUGAGCAAGAGGUGGCCGCAGGACCAGGGUGGGCACUGGGAGGAGGGCAGGAGGCUAAGACACUAAUGCUUUUUUUUUUUUUUAAACUUUUUAUCUUUAGAAAUUUUAUUUUUUUAAACCAGGGCAAACACCCUACACUAACUCCCUUCCUUCACCCUCCGGGGGCCCCCAUUAGUCCACAGCCCCUCCUUCCUGCCCUCAGUCCUAGGGAAGGUGAUGAGCAGGUCACUCUGGGCCAGAAGGGCCUCGCCCCCAUGGCACCCACACCCUAGAGCGGGAGUCAUCUCCCUCACGUCCCCAGGGAGCACUGGGUGGAGACUUCCGACCUCUGGGAAGUCGGGGUCACAUUCUUUCUCUCUCCAUUGGGGAUUUUUUUACAUGAAUAAAAGUGGAUUUCAGGGA